AUGAUGAAUAACAUUUCAACAAUCUCAGUGUUUUUUCUUUCAGGCAUAAAUGAAAUCAGGAAUUACAGAUCAACUCUUUUCUUUUUUACUUUAAUGUGUUACUGCUUAAUAAUUCUGGUAAAUGCAUUUCUUAUUGUGAUGAUAAUCUUGGACAAUGCUUUCCAUGAACCAAUGUACAUUAUGUUGUGUGCUUUUUGCAUGAACAGUCUUUACGGAACCGCAGGUUUUUAUCCUAAGUUUCUGUGGGAUUUGCUCUCUCCUGUUCAUGUCAUCUCUUACUCAGGUUGCCUUUUUCAGGCUCUGGUGAUGUACUCCUUUGCCAGCUGUGAGCUGUCCAUCCUUGCACUCAUGGCCUACGACAGGUAUCUGGCUAUAUGUCGACCGCUUCAGUACCACACUGUCAUGACAAAGCACAGAGUUGUUAAGUUAGUGUAUAUUUUUUGGUUAACACCUGUCUGCAUUAAUUCUGUAAGUAUUGUUCUAACAUCUAGGCUGAAGUUAUGCAGCUCAUUUAUAAACAAACUUAUCUGUGUGAAUUGGAGCAUUGUAGCCUUAGCUUGCUUUCCAGCUGAUAUGAUUGUUAACAGCAUAGUUUCAUAUCUCACUAUUUUAAUUUAUGUACUCCAUGCUGUUUUUAUUGUUUGGACAUACAUGUAUCUAAUUAAAACAUGUCUGGGUUCCAUAGAAAACAGGGCCAAAUUCAUGCAAACAUGUGUCCCACAUUUAGUCUCCUUAGUCAUAUUUAUAGUGAUUUUAUUGAUUGAUCUCAUGAGUAUGAGAUUCGGUUUCGGAGAUUUACCUCAAACUGUUCAAAAUUUCAUUGCCAUAGAGUUUCUCAUCAUACCUCCUAUGAUGAAUCCACUUAUUUAUGGUUUCAAGUUGACUAAAAUGCGGAAAAAAAUUCUUCAUUUAGCUAUUUUUAAAGUUAAAUAA